AUGUUCGCAAGUCCUGGACAGCAGGGACCAUCGCUAGAAACGGUCAUCGCAUUCUUGCAACGAAAGGUGAAGCAGAAUUUAUUGACGUGUUCAAACGGUCUUUAUAAGGUCGUCAAAGAACAACCUGCUCAAUGA